ACGUGUUCCCCUCAGCUGACUGCCGUCAACAAACAUUGUCCAGUGUACUCUGGGGUCUGUGGACGGUGUAUUCUGGGGUCUGUGGACAGUAUACUUUGGGGUCUGUGGCCUGUGUAUUCUGUGGACAGUGUACUCUGGGGUCUGUGGACACGAAUCUGGAGUCUGGACAAAGAUUAUCAAUCAAUUGCUAGCACUGCAUCCUCUUAGGAAACCUGUGUUAUAAUGGGAGAAGAAAAUGAGAUUCCGAUGUUAAUUGGAGACGAGGGUGAGGGUGAGGAAGCCCCAGACCUAGUGGAGGCGGAGGACAUUCCCCGCGUUCCAGUGACCAUCCUCACUGGUUACCUUGGUGCAGGCAAGACUACACUGCUCAACUAUAUACUUACACAGCAACACAAUAAGAAAAUUGCUGUUAUACUUAAUGAAUUUGGUGAAGGAAGUUCAAUGGAAAAGAGCUUGAACAUUGGACAUGGAGGUGACCUUUUUGAAGAAUGGCUUGAGCUACGUAAUGGUUGUCUCUGCUGCUCAGUCAAAGAUAACGGUGUCAAGGCCAUCGAGAACUUGAUGAAGAAAAGAGGCAAGUUUGACUACAUCCUCCUGGAGACCACUGGCUUGGCUGACCCAGGACCUAUCGCUUCCCUCUUUUGGAUGGAUAAGCAGCUGGAGAGUGAGAUCUACCUGGAUGGGAUCGUCACGGUGCUCGACGCCAAAUAUGCCAUGAAGAACAUCAGCGAGAAGAAAUCAGAAGGCGUCAUCAAUGAAGCUGUGAGACAAGUGGCUCUGGCCGACCUGCUUAUCAUCAACAAGACGGAUCUGGUCGACGGUGGAGAACUCCAGGGCGUCACAGACCUUGUCAGGACGAUCAACAGCUCGGCGGAGGUGGUGCUGACACAGAGGUGCAGAAUCGAUUUAGACAAAAUCCUGGACCUCCAUGCAUAUGAUAAAUUUGAUAACGAGUCUUACAAUCGAACUCUUCAUUCGCGUUUUGUUGAUGGCACUCCACAUCUAGACCAGCGGGUACGGACGGUGACUCUCGAGGCUGAGGGAAGCAUGACUCAGUCUGCCCUGGACAGCCUGGUGGAGGUCCUCUUGUGGGAGCGCUCCCUCACCAACUCCGCGGGACAACAUGUUAAUAUAUACAGAAUGAAGGGUAUAAUGUCUGUGGUUGGAGAGAGUCGGCGUGUCAUGCUACAAUCGGUGCAAGAGCUGUACGAGGCCGAACCUAUUGAUCAGUGGCAGGAAGAGAUUCCAAGAUCCUGUAAACUUGUUCUCAUAGGGGAAAACCUGGAAGAAGAGUGUUUAUCAGACUUCCUGGGAUCUCUUGUGGCAACAUCAUCUGUGCUGCCCUGAAGACUCGCUUCCGAGGGAUGACCAUACUUUCCAGACGACACACAUCUGAGGGAAGACUGUGCACACCAGACAUCACACGUCUGAGGGUAGACUGUGCUCACCAGACGACACACAUCUGAGGGACUGUGCUCUCCAAAAAAAGACACAUGACUUCUUUCCAGAAGAUGUAUCUCAAUGUGAACAUUUUGUAUAAUAUUAGAACUUUAGAUGUUUAUUAUUCAAUUAAUAUUGUGAAUACUCUAAAAUCUUAUUUUUUUUUUUUGUGCUUUAACUUUGUGUUGUCAUAUUUCCACAAAUUUGAAAACAAAUGUGUGUAUGGUUAAAUUAUUAAUAAAACUAGCAUUUUA